AUGGAUGAAACAGAGUCCAAGGAACUUCUGCAUGGCGGAACUUUGGAGCAAUCUAUCUACGCCGAUGCCAAAGAGACAGCCGAGGAAUUCGACAAUAAACGAAGAGACAUUGAAAGCGCAUGCCAGAGACACGAUAUCAAAGCCUUGGUGGAGCAUGCAGUGUCUCCAGGUGGAUUGUUGACGGAUGGUCUUCGUCAAGUUGCUUGGCCCAUCCUACUAGGUUACAAUGAUGAGGAACGCACGCAGCAUCAACCGGACUGGAAAAGUCUACCCCGACACGGGGACGAGGAACAGGUCAAGCUAGAUGUUAACCGUUCUUUUGUGUAUUAUCCGCAAUGCGUUGAAGAAGAACUCUCCAAGCGGAAACAUGAAUUGUCAGACCUCAUUACAGAAACUCUCCGGCGCUAUCCUAUGCUCUGUUAUUUUCAGGGCUACCAUGACAUUGCACAGGUACUGUUAUUGGUCCUGGGCGCUCAACUUGCCCGUCCUGCCUUUGCACGAGUAUCGCUAUUGCGUAUACGAGAUUAUAUGCUUCCCUCACUCUCACCCGCAUUAAAGCAUCUCCACCUUAUCCCUUCUAUAUUGGAAGCCUCGGAUACAAGGAUACACAAGCAUAUAUCGGAGACUCAGCCCUACUUUGCCUUGGCUGCUGCGUUGACAUUAUAUGCACACGACAUUGAAGAGUAUCAAGAUAUUGUGCGUCUGUACGAUUUUUUACUCGCUCACGAACCUGUUGUUGCAAUCUACCUGUUUGCAGCUAUCAUUUUGAGUCGAAAAGACGAACUCUUGAAAAUCCCAAUCGAAGAGCCGGAGAUGCUGCAUUUCACGCUGUCCAAGAUGCCACAGCCUCUCGAUCUGGAAAAUCUUAUUUCCUCUACCCUAGGACUAUAUCACAAACACCCUCCUGAAUCUCUGCCAUUCCGAGCUUGGUGGAAAAUUCCACGAAAUAGCGUUUUGAGAACGUCCCGGAUUCUCGGAGAGCAUAGUAGCCUCCAAGUUGCCGAGGAGCAAUUUUUGAUCCAGGUCAAACAGUUGAGACGAGAGGAGUUCCGGAAGCAAACAUAUGCCCUGUUGUGGCGAUAUCGCAGGCCAAUUGGCUCUCUUGGAUUUGCAGUACUGAUCGGUCUAGUCUCGAUAUAUCUUCGCAAGACCAACUUCGAGUCGACGAUGUGGUCCUAUAUUGCCAGACUCAAGGACAUGUUUUACCGUGGGAGACAGUGGUGA